GGCUCUGGCUGUGGUCCCAUGUCUAGUGCUGGCUGCUCACUACUAGCUGCUCAGUCUUCGGCGCCGCUUGACGGCGAAAGAUGUGCGCCGGCCGCGCCGACUCCAAGCCCACUCCAAGCCCACUCCCAACGAUCCAUCGAAGCCAAGGUCGCGGGGAUAAUAGUUCCGAUUGUUGCAAUUGGCGCCAUGUGCUGCUGGUGCGCACGUGUCUACUGGACGGUUCUGCACAACCUUCUGGUCCGCCUGCUGGACAACCUCAUGGAGCUGAGAUCCCCCUUCUGCUGUGGCUGCUGCUUCGGCUACCGGCGGCAGGCCAGCGAGGAGGGUGACGUCGCCGAACGGGUUUCCAGCGCCGAUGACGAUCCCCAUCAGCAGCCCCGUCGGGAUUACGUCAUUGUGGAAGAUGCGGAUGCCAACUACGCGGAGAUCGAGGAGCGGCAUGUGGAGCAGGAGCAGUACUACUUCACCGUGGACCGACCCACGGCGGAACGCAUGCUCCAUGGCCGCGAGGAUGGAUCCUGCCUGGUCCGUCCCUUCAAGGCAGCCGACCCGUGCAUCCGCUACAUAGUGAGCAUCUGGGCGGCGGAUCAGUUCUAUCACCUCUUCAUAAGGCAGGUGGACAGGAGACAGCGCUAUGCCAUAGGCCAAAAGAAGGCCCAAGAGCGCUGCUUUGGAUCCCCCUCCGAAAUCGUGGAGUUCUACUCGGAGCAUCCCCUGCUCUGCACCAACAGAGUGCGGAGUCAGUGCAUCCAACUGCGGCCCAUCAGCUACGCUUAGUUAGGGGGUAAAUCUUUAUUGCAUA